CUCAUUCCCGUGCUUGGGCUUCUCUCUCCUAGCUCUCUUCCUAUGAAUACUGGACGACCCUCUCCCUCUCUUCUCUGGUCCUCUCUCUCCCCUCAAAUUUCUCUCUCCAAACCGUGAGCCACCACCAAUAGGGCAGCUCAGAUUGGAUCUGCAACUCUGUACAGGUGUUUGUUGUGUAGAUCUCGAUCUGUACAAGCCAAGAUGAAUCGAUGUGCAUAUCAGCAGAACGUGUUCGCGGCCUGUGGAGAGAUGAGUGGACCUUCUGUCUCUGCCUCUGACUCCGUCGUCUGCCCGAAGCCUCGCCGACUCGGCCGUUUCAUUCCCUCCAUCAACGACCAGAUCAGAUCUCCAAGAAGGCACAUCAACCAUCAAACGGAGAUCUGUGAUUCAAAAGCAGGGGCGGAGCUUCUGGACAUUAUUCUGACUAAGGGAAUAUAUUGUGCAGAAGAAGCCAAUAAUAUCCGCGUGGCUUCACCGCCUCCAUAUUUUUGCGGGUCGCCACCAAGCAGGGCUUCAAACCCUGUAGUUCAAGAUGCCGAGUUUGGCAGCAACAAGCUUAGUCUAUUUGCACCAGCACCAAUCCCGACAGCAUCUAUGUCCUCGGCUGCCCGUAAAGGAGGGUCUUGUGUUAGGAUGAAGUUCGGUCAGAAGCCGGCUGCAGUGAGAAUUGAAGGGUUCAAUUGCUUGAGCCGUGAUCAUGGAAAUUGCAGCAGCAUCUCCGCUGUAGCUUAGAAAACAAAUUCAAAUUGAAACCUCCCCGGAAGCAGAGGAGGAACAACAGAGGUGAUUUUUUUGGGGGCAGAGGAACUAUAAUUAUUAACAGUUUUGUAUAUAUGUUUAAAUGGUUAAUCAUUUGUCAAGUUUUGUAUCAAAAUGAAAAUAUGUAUAUUUAUAUGUAGUGAGUUGAUAAGAGAUGUUGAUCCAAUAAGUUAAGCGAAGGACAAUUCCUUCUCUCUGUUAGUUCUUUCCCUUUUUGUCUGGGGAAGGGUGUGAUUUAUUAGAGAGGGUUUUUGUGACUCUCCUUUUCAACUCUUGUCCUCAAUGUAAUUGUAAUAUGAAGGCAAGAAAGAAAAAGGUCUUUCUGAAAUUUGGAAUUGUAUUUUAUUUUUAAUUAUGAUUCUGUAUAUAGGCAUGUGAUAAUCAAUUGAUAUGGCUGUUGUUGCAA